GAUGGUGCAGGACGCGGUUAUGCCCAUUUAUGAGCAGCUUCUUGAUACCCACCAAAGACUUUCCCAAGUGCCCAAUACCCCGCCUACGCAGACAUAUGUGGACGCUUUAGGGACACGAUCGAGACAUACUCGUAUGGUUGGGCAUGUGGUUAGGGGAACACGUGGACUGAAUGUCCCCCUCCCAGAGGAUAUAGAGCAACCCUUCCCAGCCCAGCAGUCACCGUCCUAUAACGUCAAUGAUAUGUUCGCCCAGGGUAGCACUUGGACCCAGUCAUCAUUCAAAGACGGACCUAGCACGUCAUCAUCCCAUGCUGGGCCUAGCACGUCACGGGCCCCCACACAGCGGUUGGGUAGUGAUAGUGAUAGUGAUGAUGAAAGUGAUUAGUUUUCCCUUUUUUUUAUUGUUUGUAUUCAUCGUUUAACGGAAGUGUAAUUUCCUUUUGUAAUCUUGAUUUGCGUGAAAUUUUCAUUUGUAUUUUUUU